UGAUGUAUCGUUGAUAUGCCUUUGUGCGGACCUCGCAGGAUCGGACUUCCAGUCCGUGUUCCUGUAGAGUAUAUUGUUGAGUUGAAGCGGGAGUUGGAGUGCUCCGUUGACGAUGUGAAGGCUAUAUAUGGGCGGUUCCGCCAUGUGGCGCCUUCAGGACAGUUGACUUUAUAUCAAUUUCAGGAUACUUUGGGUCUUCUGGGUACUAUAGGCACUAUAUUGGCUGAGAGUUUGUUUUACGCGUUUGAUACUAACGGCGAUGGUUACUUGGACUUUUUGGAGUACGCUCAUGCGGUGCUUACUAUGCUUAAGGGUUCUGAGAAGCGGAGACGCGAGUUGAGUUACUGCAUAUUAUAUACUGCUGCCUAUAGGGAUGCCAUUCUUCAUUUGAUGUCUCGUGGCAACCGUGAUGGUUUGCCUUUGGGUAUAGAUUUGGCUGCUUUUAAGCGUGUGAUAGCUGGUAUAACAUCUACUCGUAACAUUUUGCUUGGUGAGAUUGCGGUAUGUCACAGUGACGAGUUUGUUGAGAAGGUGUUUGGUGACAACGCUAGCAUUUGCUUUGACGGCGUCCCUCGGAUAACCCAGGAGGACUUUGAGCGUGCUGUAUUGUGGUCCAAUGAGUUUAUUGACAUCAUUGGUGCUCCUAAUGUGUUAUGUGCAGUAGAGGCUUCUAUGCGUUGUCCUUCUACUGAGUGUUCAUCUUCCACUUCAUCAAGUCGUCCCACUUCCAAGUGCGGCUCUGAGGACUUGGGUGUCAAGAAAUCAAAGACCUACAUUAAUAUGACCAAGCGUUAUGAGAGCCGAUGUGCUCACACUGAGAACAAGGCAUCUAUUAUACGUCGUUUUAGUCGUCACGCCACUCAUCGUCGGUUAUCUCGUCGUGGUCUUGCUGUUUACUUUGGUCAUGAGCGUUGGGAUGACGUGAUAAACAUGAUGGUUGGUCUUGGUCUUACUGCGCGUAGCAAGCAUGAGGACAUCACUGGUGAUCCUUGUCCUGACCACUUUAAAGAGAAGAAGAUUUUUUCCAUUUCCCCUAGUAUCGCAGUUGACAACAUGUCAUCAUUGAAUUUUGUUGAGUUAGAGAGCGGUGUUCCUACAUCUUCGGGUGACAAUUCCAACAGGGUUGUGUUUACUGAGCAUGCUCCUUUGGUAUUUAAGCGUUUACGUGCCUUGAUGAAUUUAUCUGAGGAGGAGUACAUUCAUUCUGUUGGUCCUGAGCAUUUGGUGGGUAAUAUGGUUCUUGGUAAUCUCAGUACUUUAUCGGAGCUUUUGUCUGAGGGUAGGAGUGGCGCUCUCUUUUACUUUACUGAUAAUGGUAAGCUUGUGUUGAAGACUGUUACUCGUACGUGUGCGGAGUUUGUUUUACAGUGGCUGCCUCAUUACUACCAGCAUCUCAAGGAGAACCCUAACAGCCUUAUAACUCGUUUUGCUGGCUUAUUUUCCAUGACUCAGUAUAAGGGCAAGCCUGAGACUACGUAUUUUAUUAUUAUGAACAAUGUAUUUUAUUCGUCUGCUGCUAUUCACCGUCGAUAUGAUCUUAAGGGAUCAUGGGUUGGUCGUUCUGUACCGGCACAGGAGCGUAAGGACCAUACUGUUGCUAUGAAGGACUUGGACAUGCUUGAUUUGGAGGAGUACAUUGAGCUUGGUUCAGAGCGUUCUUCUGCGUUUUUCGAUGUACUUCAGCGUGAUGUAGCAUUUUUAUCGGAUUCCAUGCUCAUGGAUUAUUCACUUUUAUUGGGUAUUCAUUAUCGAUCUAUAUCACACGACGAGGUCGAUUGGAACAAGGACCCCGACCACUCACAGGUCAGUUGCAUCAUGGGUAAGCGUCGCGACAAGCUAUAUUUCGUUGGUAUCAUUGAUGUCCUCACUAAGUGGGACUUGCGCAAGCGUGCUGAGAGUGCGUGGCGUAAGUUACAGACUAUGAACAAUCAGGGCGUGUCGUGCGUCCCUCCGUUACAGUAUGGUGAGCGCCUACUUGCGUUUAUUAAACAGCGUACUACAUAAUUAACUCAUGUUUCUGCAUAGUACGUGCAGUAU